AAAAUUCAGACGACCUAUUGCUGCAGCAUUAAAUAAAAACGAAUAUCUGUAAAUCUGUAUCAAUUUACCUCUGCAGGAUGCUGCGACCGUAUUAAUACCUAUUAGAGCCUAAAGACCGUCCCAUUUGUAGUUGCUCAUCAUUUGAGAGUAGAGACCAAGACUGCGCAAGUGCCCACAGUGACCAGAAUUCCCAAAACAUGAAAGCAACACUGCUUCUUCUUCUAUACUUCUUUCUCGUUUCUUUGCUAGUUUAUGCAAAGAAAUCCGGCGACGUUACAGCUUUGCAGAUCGGCGUGAAGCACAAGCCAGCGUCAUGUGAUGUCCAAGCACACAAAGGAGAUAGAGUCAAAGUACAUUAUCGGGGGAAACUCACUGAUGGAACAGAUUUUGAUUCUAGCUUUGAAAGGGAUAAUCCAAUUGAAUUUGAGCUUGGUACUGGUCAAGUGAUCAAAGGUUGGGAUCAAGGAUUAUUGGGAAUGUGCCUGGGUGAGAAGCGGAAAUUAAAAAUACCUGCUAGUCUUGGUUAUGGAGAGCAAGGUUCUCCGCCAACCAUCCCAGGUGGAGCAACUCUUAUAUUUGACACUGAGCUUGUGGGGGUGAAUGGAAAAACUUUGGGCGGAGCAGAGGAGUCCGAGCUCUAGAUUGCAUGAGCAGUAUGGCCUAGCUUGUAUACACAUUAGAUCCACCUCUCGUCUAGUCAGAAACGAGCUGUUUUCCAAAAGCUGAAUUUUCAUGUCAGCUUGUUUUCAUUCCUGAAUUCUGAACGAUGUUUUCUUUAGUCUUAAGCAUUUAAUCGGAAGGUAACUUAGAAUAUUUAGCUGUUGUAACUGAUUAUUUAAAGUUUACAUAUAAAGUUUUUUUGAUAACUAA